CUGAAAUCUAGACACUAUAAAUGCUGAAAUCCCUGCAACUCCUCGCUAUACAACAGAAGAACAGAGACAGCCAUUACAGUUCCAGAUUUCUUCACGACAGCUCCUCCUCUCUCUGCCGCGAUUCUUCAAAAAUCAGCACAGCUCACAAAAUUCUCCAGCGAAACUUUGCAUAUUCAAGAAAACGCUGUCGCUGCUACUGCGGCGGAUGAUCACCGGCGCUUCUUAGAGCUCCUCGAGCGAAGGGAAAAUGGCGAAGUUGAGGCACUCGCGAUUGCAUUCGAAGAAAUGGUCGACAUUCACAUUGGUUCUCUCCAUGCUCUUCAUGCUCUCGCUCGUUCUCCUCAUGCUCUUAGGCUUAGGAAUCUUCUCGCUCCCUGUGAGCACCGACGAUUCGACUCCCAACGAUCUGCCUGCUUCCUACCGCCGCAUGGCCGCCGAACGAGAUGGCGACGGGCUAGGAAAGCGAGGAGAGCAGUGGACUGAGAUCGUUUCUUGGGAGCCUAGAGCUUUCCUGUAUCACAAUUUCUUGUCCAAAGAAGAAUGUGAGUACCUAAUCUCUCUUGCUAAGCCUCACAUGACAAAAUCAACCGUGGUGGACAGCAAAACAGGGAAGAGUAAAGAUAGCAGGGUUCGCACAAGCUCAGGGAUGUUCCUGAGGCGAGGACAGGAUAAAAUAAUUAGGGCCAUAGAGAAGAGAAUCGCAGAUUUCUCGUUAAUUCCUGCAGAUAAUGGUGAAGGACUCCAAAUCCUCCACUAUGAAAUCGGUCAGAAGUACGAGCCACACUUCGAUUAUUUCCUUGAUGAGUUCAACACCAAAAAUGGAGGGCAGCGGACUGCUACUCUGCUAAUGUAUCUGUCAGACGUUGAAGAAGGAGGCGAAACCGUCUUUCCUAGUGCUAAGGCAAAUUCCAGUACGGUGCCAUGGUGGGAUGAACUGUCUGAAUGUGGUAAAAAGGGUCUUUCCCUGAAACCGAAGAUGGGGAAUGCUUUGUUAUUUUGGAGCACAAGGCCCGAUGCCUCGUUAGAUCCUUCCAGUUUACAUGGUAGUUGCCCAGUGAUUAUAGGGAACAAAUGGUCAGCUACCAAGUGGAUGCACCUCGGAGAGUACAAGGUCAGAUAGAAGCUGCAGAAGUUGGUGUAGAUUGUAGACUGCUUCAUUCUCUACCUCGAAGCACAGAGAAGAGCCAGUACCAUACAAAGAGAUUUUGCUCCAUUUUGAAUAACUUUAUUUCUUGUUUUUGCUUCCAUCAGGCCAGGGCUUUGGGUGGUGUUAGAUGUUGAGGAAAUGUUGUAUACUAGUUGUUGUUCAAUAGUAUCUAUUAGGUGUCCGACAUCGCAGGGUCGCUUACACCGUCUGAUUGUAUUGCAACAAUCCGAAAACCUUGUGCCCGUAAUCAAAAUUCUUAUACACACCUGGUUGAUCAACAGCUCGACGUCUUGAUGCCUAAAGCACUU